GUGGUUGCUCUGGUGUUUGGAGUGGUUGCUAGGGUGUUCAAGGUGGUUGCUAGGGUGUUCAAGGUGGUUGCUAGGGUGUUUGGGGUGGCUGCUCUGGUGUUUGGGGUGGUUGCUCUGGUGUUUGGGGUGGUUUCUAGGGUGUUGCUAAGCGGUUGCCAAGUAGUUACACAGGUGUUGAUAGGUGGUUGCUCAGUGAUCACAAAGAUGUUGCAUGCUAGGAUGUUUGGGGUGGUUGGUAUGGUGUUUGGGGUGAAUGGUAGGGUGUUUGGGGUGGUUGGUAGGGUGUUUGGGGUGUUUGGGGUGGAUGGUAGGGUGUUUGGGGUGUUUGGGGUGGUUGGUAGGGUGUUUGAGGUGUUUGGGGUGUUUGAGGUGGUUGCUAGGGUGUUCAAGGUGGUUGCUAGGGUGUUUGGGGUGGCUGCUCUGGUGUUUGGGGUGGCUGCUCUGGUGUUUGGGGUGGUUUCUAGGGUGUUGCUAAGCGGUUGCCAAGUAGUUACACAGGUGUUGAUAGGUGGUUGCUCAGUGAUCACAAAGAUGUUGCAUGCUAGGAUGUUUGGGGUGGUUGGUAUGGUGUUUGGGGUGAAUGGUAGGGUGUUUGGGGUGUUUGGGGUGGUUGGUAGGGUGUUUGUGGUGUUUGGGGUGGAUGGUAGGGUGUUUGGGGUGUUUGGGGUGGUUGGUAGGGUGUUUGUGGUGUUUGGGGUGGUUGGUAGGGUGUUUGAGGUGUUUGGGGUGUUUGGGGUGGAUGGUAGAGUGUUUGGGGUGUUUGGGGUGGAUGGUAGGGUGUUUGGGGUGUUUGGGGUGGUUGGUAGGGUGUUUGGGGUGGAUGGUAGAGUGUUUGGGGUGUUUGGGGUGGAUGGUAGGGUGUUUGGGGUGUUUGGGGUGUUUGGGGUGGUUGGUAGGGUGUUUGGGGUGGAUGGUAGGGUGUUUGGGGUGUUUGGGGUGGUUGGUAGGGUGUUUGGGGUGUUUGGGGUGAAUGGGUUGGUUGGUAUGGCACAAUUAGCAGCUUCCUUUGUGGUGUCUAUUGUUCUCAGUGUUCAGGUUUAG